CUCCGCCUCCCGGGCCGGUGCGGGGGCGGCGGAGCGCUUAUCCCGGGACCCGCCGCAUCCGCGGGGUCCGGCACGGCGCUGCCGCCGCGGGCAGAGGAUAUUCAGUAUUGAAGUACAUUGGAGCUGCUCCUGGCUCAGAUUUGAUAAAAGCAGAAGAGAAAUUUCUCUCUUAAAUUUGACACUUGGGGCAAACCAAAGGCAUUAUAAGUCAUGAUAGGUAGAAAAGAAUCCUGUGCUUCAGGACAGAUACCAAUGACCAACCUCAGCUGCCUUUUCUAUGCCCUGGAAGAAUGGACUGUUGUGCAGUUCCUGAAGAAAUACCUUUUUCAUGUGAUCAUUGGCUCACUGACAAUUUGUGGAAUAUUAAUUUUUUUUAUAGUUCCUUUAACAAUCGUCCUCUUCAUUUACCUUACUAAUAUUUUGCUUUUAAUAUAUCAGAAGAACAAUGAGUUAAAAGAAGAUCCCUUGAGUGAUGUUUGGGAUAGUAUAAGAAAAACCAUAGCAAGCUUUUGGGAUAUAUAUGCAAGAAUAUGGCAUGGUUAUGAACUUCAUGGUGUGAAAAACCUCCCAGAAGGACCAGGCAUUAUUGUGUAUUACCAUGGAGCUAUUCCUAUAGACUACCUUUACUUUUUGUCUAGGCUGUUUCUGUGGAAGAAAAGACUUUGCCUCUCAGUAGCUGAUAAUUUUGUGUUUCGUUUACCAGGACUUAAAUUAUUGUUGGGGGUGACGGGUGUUAUACCAGGCACAAGGGAGGAGUGUCUUGUUGCCCUGAAGAAUGGAUACCUGGUGUCCAUCUCACCAGGAGGAGUUCGGGAAGCGCUCUUCAGUGACCAAAGUUACCAGCUCCUGUGGGGAAAUCGAAAAGGCUUUGCUCAGGUUGCUCUAGAAGCAAAAGUGCCCAUCAUUCCAAUGUAUACUCAAAAUGUCCGUGAAGGCUAUAGGAUGUUUAAAGAAAGAAGAUUUUUUAGACAGUUAUAUGAAAGCACUCGAUUGCCUUUUACUCCUCCAUACGGAGGACUUCCAGUUAAAUUUCGCACAUACAUUGGGGAGCCAAUCCCUUACGAUCCGAAUAUAACUACAGAGGAAUUAGUUGAAAAGACAAAGACUGCUGUCCAGGCUCUCAUAAGCAAGCACCAAACAAUCCCAGGCAACAUGUGGAAGGCUUUACUGGAGAGAUUUGAUAAACGUUGUAAAAGUGAUUAGAAUGCUCAUGUUUAUUUCAUUGGUUUUGCAGGAGAGUAAAAAACAAUGUCAUACACCACCGGUCACUUAUAGUUGGUGUUAACCAGUUUAAUUUACAAAUUUCUACUGAUUUGGUGGAAGGAAACAACAUCUAGGCAGUUCCCCCAUAUCUUUGAGAAUAUCCUGAACUAAGAAAGAGGGAUGAAGAUGACUUAUGUAUAAUAGCAGUGCAACAGCUAAAUUCCCCCAAAGGAAAUCAUGCAGCCGAGGAAAAAAUUUCCUGGUUCCUAAAACAAGUAUGUAUUUACAUCUGAGAGCCUUAGUGGUGUUGUCUAGGUCUGUGCAUUUGUGUUUUGAGCACAGUCUGGUCUCAGAGCAGACCCUCAGGGUUGGUGUUGUCCCACCAGAGACCACCCCACGGGGGGCACCUUCCCUGAUGGGCCCCAAGCAAGACAUGUCAGAUAAAUCUGUCUUGCUUUAGGUAAUCAGCUACCACUUACACCAUUCUCCUAGAGACUACAAAAAGACACAUAAUCCCAUUAAAACAGAUGUUAGGCUCCUUCAAACACAUCAGUUUAGUUGUGCAUACUCUGGAAAGCAGGACUGUUUGCAUCCAAGACUUUUCUCCCACAGAAAAAGGUUUCUCAAAGAGAGGAAAAAAAAGCUCUAGUUCAGUGUAGCAGAUAUUGCAAAUACAUGUAGAAAGUAGUUUCAAGUCUGAGCUGGUUUGUGCACGCUCUAUUGCACCACACCAUAGUUGUUUAGAGGCUGCCCAAGCCUGAAAAUCCCUGGAUAUGGUGUCUGCAGCAUGGCUGUGCUGUAUUUACUCAAAUCUACAGGCAUUUCUGAGGCAAUGCAUCUCUGAGGUUUGUCAUCACUGGUGGUUUACCUAAAAAUGCAGUACUGCAACACUGCCAGUACAGAUUGACUGUUUGGAAAGGCAGCCUUGUCUUCCUAAUGCAACUUGUGGCAAACUGAUUGUUAGUACAAAGCAGAAUGCCUUUUUACAGGCUAUGGGAUGUUGUUACUGGUGGGAGUGGGAAAACUUUGUCUAAUAUAUCCAAUAUGCCAUUAAAUGCAACCAAGUCUUAACUUCAAAGACCAAGAUAGGUAAUUUUUGUGCCUCAUUUUUCUUUCAUGUACUUUUAAUCUUUCCUCUAAACAUCCUAAAAGGUUACAUAGCAUUUAAGGAAAUAUAUGUAAUGUUUGCCCAUUUUUCAGUAGAAAACUGAAUCUGCUUUCAGAUUAAAAUAAAUUCUUCCCUGACCCUUCUUCUUCACAAGUAUUUCUUGCACAUCUGGUGAAGGGAGAAGGAUGGAGAGGUGAGUUAUUUCCCUGAACCAAAAAGACAGGAAUUCUGUCUUGAAAAAAACC